AUGUCAAAACAACAGGAAGAUAGAAACCAAGAAGCAACAGUAUAUCUGGGUAACCUCGACGAGCGAGUCACAGAUGCCAUCAUCUGGGAGCUGAUGCUUCAGGCGGGCCCUGUUGUGAAUGUACACCUGCCGAAGGACAGGAUAUCCAUGGCGCACCAAGGGUAUGGGUUCUGCGAGUUUUUAACUGAGGAGGACGCCGAGUAUGCUUGCAAGAUCAUGAACCAGAUAAAGCUAUGGGGCAAGCCCAUACGUGUGAACAAGGCGUCAUCAGACAAGAAGCAACUCGAUGUUGGGGCAAACCUCUUCAUCGGGAAUCUUGAUCCGAACGUGGACGAGCGUCUAUUGUACGACACGUUCAGCGCGUUCGGUAUUCUAACCCAACCCGCUAAAAUCGCUCGCGAUCCUCAAACGAGCGAAUCCAAAGGCUACGGCUUCAUCUCGUACUCUGAUUUCGAGUCGUCUGACAGAGCCAUCGAGUCCAUGAACAACCAGUUCCUGAUGAACAAGGCGAUCACUGUUCAGUACGCGUUCAAAAAGGAUGGAAAGGGGGAGAGACAUGGUACAGAUGCGGAACGUAUGCUUGCGUCCCAAGCAAAAAAGAACAACGCACUUCCACUCGGCCUUCGACCGCCCCCUGCCCCGAUGGGUAUUCUGCCAGGUUCUGGUGGCCCGAUGGGGUAUCAGGGUCAAUUCGCAGGUGUCCUCUCGGCUGGACCUGCGGCAGCUCUCCCGUCACCCUUCGGCAUUCCUAACCAACCAAUGAUGCAGUACGGCGCAGCUCCACCCCCACCGCCGGGCGUACCAGUUUAUAACCCAGCCGUGGGCGCACCUGGGAUGCCUCCACCACCGCCAGGAUUUCAAGCGCAAGCUGGAUAUGGCAUGUCUGGAUAUCCACAAGGCAUGCCCCCUCCUCCCAGCGGCUUCCCUCAAGGGAUGGCAUUUCCUCCUCCUGGUGUGCCAAUGAUGCCGCCUGGCAUGCAAGUGCCGCCGGCUGGAUUUAUACCCCAAAAUGGGGUGAGAAGCUGAUGGUUGACAUUGCUUCUUCUGCAUUGUAUUAAUCAGACCAUUUCAGCAU